AUGACUGAAACGAAGUACCGCGUGGUGACGCACCUGACCCUGGUGGAGGAGACGGUGCACGUGUGGACGCAUAAGCAGUCGUCGCAGUUCGACGCGCACAUUCAUCAGCUCAGAGAUGAACAGGAGCGAAUGCAAAGGAAAACAUUCCUGAACUGGAUCAAUUCUCACCUAAGAAACCACAAGCCGCCGAUGCAGAUGACCAACCUGAUUGACGACCUGAAGGACAGCACGCGCCUGCUGGCCCUGCUGAACGUCCUCUCCGGAGAGGAUCUGCCGGUGGAGAGGAGCCGGGUGCUGCGAACGCCGCACUUCCUCAGCAACGCCAACACGGCGCUGCGCUUCCUGCAGAGCCGACACAUAAAACUGGUCAACAUCAACCCGUCGGACAUCGUGGACGGCCGGCCGCCGGUCAUCCUCGGCCUCGUCUGGACCAUCAUCCUGCACUUCCAGAUCGAGAUGAGCACCCGUGCGCUGGAGCAGCUGGCCUGGAGCGGCAGC